UUCCGAGUUGGCAAUCGUAAGCUGGUGGAAGAUUUCACACUGACACCGGCAUCGUAUGCUCUCAACCCCAGAAGACAAGAAACAAACGACUCAACAAGAGAGCAAAUUCCCACGGUCUUUCUAGUUUCAACUCCGAAGCCGGUUCUUCAUUUCCCACUUCAUUUUUCCUUUCCCAAUUUACGCGUUAUAUUUCCAUUCUUAGAUCAAUUCGCUUCCUAAAUAAACCCUUCUCUCACGUUUACCCCAAAUAUUUAAUUCAACAUCUUUUUUUUUCUUCCUUCACCGUAUCACAUGCAAUGGUAUAUAAAGGACAAAUUGAUUAAGAUCUACCAUGUGAAUUCGCUUCUUCUACCAUUUAAGUGAAACUGCUUGCUUUUAAUUCCUUAAAUAACUCUCUUAAAUUUCCAUUAAAAAGGGUAUUUUUAGAUUCUAAUAUGACUAGCAAUUGCCAAACUUCUGGUACUGGCCACAACAUCAGGGGUUUAAUCUCCAACGCUGGUGCUGGUGCAGCCGCUGGGGCAAUAGCUGCUACGUUUGUAUGUCCUUUGGAUGUGAUCAAGACAAGGCUACAAGUUCAUGGCCUUCCCCCUGUGCAGAAAGGUAGUGUCAUUGUCACGAGCUUGCAGAAUAUAGUUAGGACCGAAGGCUUCAGGGGAAUGUACCGUGGCCUUUCACCAACAAUACUGGCAUUACUUCCAAACUGGGCAGUUUACUUCACAUGUUAUGAGCAACUAAAGGGCUUGCUUCGGUCACACGAGGGUUGCAACGAACUCACAACAAUGGGAAAUAUUAUAGCUGCUGCUGGUGCGGGGGCAGCAACAGCAAUAUCUACAAAUCCUUUGUGGGUUGUUAAGACAAGACUCCAAACGCAAGGAAUGAGGCCUAAUGUUGUUCCUUACAAGAGUGUUCUUUCCGCUUUGACGAGGAUUACACGUGAGGAAGGUCUACGAGGACUAUAUAGUGGCAUUGUGCCAUCAUUAGCUGGCGUAAGUCAUGUAGCGAUUCAAUUCCCAGCAUACGAAAAGAUAAAGUCAUACAUUGCGAAAAAAGAUAACACAACUGUUGACAACCUUAGUCCUGGGAAUGUUGCUAUUGCGUCAUCAAUUUCAAAAGUAACUGCCUCUGUAAUGACAUAUCCGCACGAGGUAAUACGAUCCCGGCUGCAAGAGCAAGGUCAAGCGAAAAAUAGUAGUGGAUUUCAAUAUGCCGGGGUUAUUGACUGUGCUAAGAAGGUGUUUCAAAAGGAAGGCAUUUCAGGAUUUUAUCGCGGUUGCGCAACUAAUCUAUUAAGAACAACUCCAUCUGCUGUUAUUACAUUCACCAGUUAUGAGAUGAUACACAGGUUUUUGACGCGGACUAUACCACAAAAUGAGCCUAAAAAACCCAAGCCAGAAGCCGGUGAUAUUAAUACUAAAAAUGGCGGUGACAGGGAUCAAUCGCCAUCUCAAUCUAACAAUAUUCCUCUCGGAAACAAAGAGCAGCUAACAAGACAUUGAUGUGCAUUUUCUUUUUGUUUCUUAUUUGUCCUUUCUCACAUUCAAUUGAUAUCUUGGUUGAGCUGAUUUUUAAUUUUCCUGUUGGUCAUGCAAAUGCUCAAUUUGAUCAGAAAUGUGAAUUAUAUAUAUUAGAAAAAUAAAUAAAAGUGCAGAUGUGAAUAAGCACAAGGCCAUGUUUUGAUUUGUAUUGUUCAAUUGUAUUUGGAAAUCAAUGACUAUUUCAUUUUGGUA